UGUUGGAUAUGCAAAUGAAACAUGAACUUUCUUCUUUUGAGAUGGAAAUCAAACACGAUCUUUAGAGAUAACCAGUAUAAUGAAUGAACCUCAUAGGCCUUUGAGAACGGUAGUUAGGUUAUUGCUUCGAGAUUUAACGUCAAACAGUUUAAUGGAGUACUCCAAAUUAACCUACCACAAUCAAAACCUCUCAUUCGCUCUUCUUCAAACCUCCAUCGUUCGAUAACUCUUUUAUUUUAUUCACCCUUUUUCUGCUAACUCUUUUUCCAACCCUUUUCUACAAAUUUUUCAAUUUAUUUUGUUAUGUGUGUUUCAGAAUUCUAUCAUUCAAAAAAAUAUUUAGCAUCUUUACAUUAAUGGGUCGUUUUAAUUGAAUAAAAGUAUUUGUAGAUGGGCAGAAUUAAACAGAAACCUAGACGUUCUGUGGGAGUAUUUGUAAGUGGAAGCACUAUCACUUCAGGUAAAAAAACAGCUAAAACUAAUUCUUCUAAUGAUGUUGAGCCGAAGCCGAAAAUUGAUGAUGAUAUUGUUCAAGAUACUCCCUUUUUCGUUGAUGUUGAUAGAAGUAGUUGGAAUUUGAUUGAACAUAGAGAUAUAUCUGAAAUUGUAAUAAGUAAUUUAAAAUUUAGUCAUGAGUUUUUUGGGUUUAAUUUAACUGAUGAAUUUUACUUGAGAAUUAGAUUAUGUAAUGUGGAUGAGCAUUUGGGUAGGAUUAAGUUGGGACAUUGGCCUGUGUUGUCAUCUAAAAAUGUUUAUCUGGAGAUUAUAAAUAAAAGGUUAGUUGAUGAAAUUGAAAUUUGUGAUGUGAUAGUUUGUGGGCAGUUUGAUGGGAGUGAUGAAGGUGUUACUGGUUUAGUUCAUUUAGUUAGUUUGAAAUUCUUGACAUUGAGGCCGGUUUUCAGUGUCAAGUUAUGUGAGGAUGUUUCUUCGCUUAGAAUUAGGGUGGAAAUGCUUCAAGGUGCAUUUGAUGCUUGUGAAUCAGUUCUAGAUAACAAUAGGCCAGUAUGGAAAAAAAGUAUGAUGAGCGUAAUGGGUUGGCUUAGGCCUGAGUUGAUGAAUUCUGAGACACGGUAUGGUAUAUUCAGUAAAGUGGGAGUGGAUUUAAGUUCAGAUUCGGAUAGUGGCGGCAUGGAAUGUUCAACUUUUGAUGUUGGUAGAUUCUAUGAAGCCAUUAAGCGUUCUAAACAUUGUCCCAUGUUAGAUGUUGAGUUGCCUGACCUGGUGCCUGAGCUAAGACCAUAUCAAAGCCGGGCUGCUUAUUGGAUGGUACAAAGAGAGAAGGGUGCUUUGCAGGAUUUCUCCUUGGAGUGGGAACAAAUUCUUUUUCAUUCUCCUUUGUGUGUUGCAAUGAAUUUUCUCGACUCUUGUUCAAGAAUGUUUUACAAUCCAUUUAGUGGGAACAUCUCCUUGUGGCAAGAGAUCCCCCCUUCAUAUGUCACUGGAGGUAUCCUUGCUGAUGAGAUGGGCUUGGGGAAAACUGUUGAGCUUCUCGCAUGUAUAUUAGCUCAUCGGAAGUCAUCUUCAGUAUGUGGCAGUUCUUCUGGAAGUAUAAUAGAUGGUCGUGAGACAGAGAAUAUUAGAUUUAAGAGACUGAAAAGAGAGCGGGUUGAAUGCGUAUGUGGUGCACUGAGUGAAAGUUACAAAUAUGAAGGAUUGUGGGUUCAGUGUGAUGUUUGUGAUGCAUGGCAGCAUGCAGAUUGUGUUGGUUAUUCGCCUUCUAAAGACAGACAAAGAGCUAAGGAAGCCUAUAAGAGUCAAUACAAGAAUAAGAAAAGGAAAAAAAAUGAUCCUAACAUAGUCCUGAAGAAUGGCGAGUAUGUCUGCCAAAUUUGUUUGCAGUUGAUGCAAGCUACUAGCUCUCCUAUUGAAUCUGGAGCAACCCUUAUUGUAUGUCCUACACCCAUACUGCCGCAGUGGCAUGCUGAAAUUCUUCGUCAUACAAAUCCAGGUUCUCUGAGAACUUGUAUAUACGAAGGUGUAAGAGAAAUUUCCCUAUGGAAUUCCCCUGCAAUGGAUAUCAACGAACUAGUCUCUGCUGACAUUGUGUUGACAACUUAUGAUGUGCUGAAAGAUGACUUAUCACAUGACUCAGAGAGGCAUGAAGGGGAUCGUCGCAUAUUGAGAUAUGGAAAAAGGUAUCCUGUGGUUCCAACUCUUCUCACGAAGGUGUUCUGGUGGAGGCUUUGCUUAGAUGAAGCUCAAAUGGCGGAGAAUAAUGUUGCUGCUGCAGCAGAGAUGGCACUGCGUCUGCAUGCAAGACAUCGUUGGUGUAUUACAGGAACUCCUAUUCAAAGAAAACUGGAUGAUUUAUAUGGUCUUCUUAGAUUCCUUAAAGCUAGUCCAUUUGAUGUUCCUAGGUGGUGGGCUGAAGUUAUACGAGAACCUUAUGAGCGCAAGGAUGUAGCAGCUAUGGGAUUCACUCACCAAUUAUUCAGACAACUGAUGUGGCGUUCUUCAAAGUCACAUGUUGCUGAUGAGCUAGAGCUUCCUCCACAGGAAGAACACAUUUCCUGGCUUUCUUUCUCCGCAGUUGAAGAUCACUUCUACCAGAGGCAACAUGAAACAUGUGUUCAUUUUGCUCGCGAAGUUCUUGAAAGGUUCAAAAGUGAGAUUCAGAAAAGGGAGUGCUCAGACGCCCUAUUAUCUGUUUCAGAUCCUUCUAUUACGCAUUUGGAGGCUGAAAAGCUGCUAAAUUCACUUUUGAAGCUGCGUCAAGCCUGCUGCCACCCGCAAGUUGGAGGAUCUGGACUGCGUUCGCUCCAAAGUUCUCCCAUGACUAUGGAUGAAAUAUUAUCUGUUCUUAUAAGUAAAACUAAGAUAGAGGGGGAGGAAGCAUUGAGGAAAGUAGUUUCUUCAUUAAAUGGGCUUGCAGGUAUAGAGAUUAUCCGAGGCGAAUUAUUUAAUGCUAUAACGUUAUACAAAGAAGCAUUAGCUUUAUCUGAAGAACAUUCUGAAGAUUUCCGCCUGGACCCUUUGCUAAGUCUUCACAUACAUCAUAAUCUAGCUGAGGUUCUCAAAUCAGCUCCAAACAGAAUCCCUGAAAAGAAGCCUUCACAAAACAGUAGUAUCACUUCUUGUCUUGAUCGUGUAAACAAACAGAAUUCUAAUGGGGAGGAAAGCUUAGAAAGGGCUGGGAGUACUGACAAUCUUUCUAGACUGAACUGCAUUUCUUCAACAAACGGCUCAGAAGAUGUUAAUAAUUCAGAGCCCCAUGCACUGCAUGUCUCUAGUGUUGAAAGCUUGAGCAAUAUAUGCAAAGGUAUAAAACAAAAAUACUUAUCUGGAUUCUACACAAAGUUGUCACAAGCUCAACAGGAUUUCCAGAAGUCAUAUAUGCAGGUUUGUGAUGCUUCAAAUGACAAAGAGAACAAGACCAGUGUCUGGUGGCUUGGAGCUCUUGAGCAAAUUGAGCAAAACGAAGAAGCAGCUAAUGAAUUGUCACAAAAAAUUGAAAAUGCUGUUUUAGCCAGCCAGAAUGCUAGCAAAUCAUCAAGAACUUCCUCCCGUUUUCGGAGUAUAAAGGCACUUCAAUAUACUAUUCAAAGAGGCUUGGACACACUGGAAGCUUCUCGAAAAAGGUUGUUAGAUCAACUGUUAGAGAUCGAUCAAACAAUGGAAAAACCAAGAGAUGCAGAUGUAGAACGUGUACGGUACUGCCCCAAUUGCUAUUUUAAUGUGGAUGGCCAUUUGUGUGUCCAUUGUGAAAUGGACGAAUUAUUCCAGGCUUAUGAGGCUAGGCUCUUUCUUAAAAGAGGGAAUAAUGGCGUAAUUAUCUCAUCUGCUGAGGAGGCAGUAGAUCUACAGAAGAAAAGAUUGGAGAGGAAUCAAUUUUAUUCAAAUUUGGCGCAAAAGUCAAAAAAUGAGGCAUCGUCAAGUGUGAAUAUUUUUGGCAGAAGCAAAAGGAACGCAGGGAAUAUGUUGAUGGAUUCAAGAUUUCCAUCUGAGCUGGAAAUAAUCCUAGGUGCAAUAAAGAACUAUUUUAAGGCAUAUUUAGGUAGAGAAGGUAUAUCAGAGGCCAGCAGACACCUGGUCCUUCUUGAGAAUAUGAGGAAGGAAUAUUCUCAUGCUAGAUCACUAGCUACUGCUCAAGCUCAGGUUCUUCGUGCAUAUGAUGAAAUUAAGAUGGCAACUUCAAGAUUACGCUUAAAAGAUAAUAAUGAAGAUAAUUCUAUAGAUGCCCUGAGCCUAGAAGAACUGGACGUUGCUAGUGUGGAAAAUUCUAGCGAGAAAUUUGUGUCUUUGGCAGCAUUAUCACGAAUAAGGGGAAAACUUCGGUAUUUGAAGGGAUUAGUAAAUUCUAAACAGAAAUCAGAAACAGACAACGCCGUAGCUGCUUCACUAGAUUCCCCCCCUUCGAAGAAUGAUAUUAAUAUCAGAUUGGCUGAAGAAACGUGUCCUAUAUGUCAAGAGACACUUCAAAAUCAAAAAAUGGUGUUUCCAUGUGGACAUAUAACAUGCUGCAAAUGUUUGUUUGCAAUAACUGAGCGCAAUGCAAUUCCUAAUAGCAAGGUUCAAGACAAGUGGGUGAUUUGUCCUACUUGUCGGCAACAUUCUGAAUUUGAGAGCAUUGCUUUUGCUGAUGAUGCGCGGAAUAAAUCCUUAGUCGAGAAGAAUGAAAAUUCCGAGGCUUCUGUAUCUGUCCAGGGAUCAUAUGGCACAAAGAUUGAAGCAAUAACAAGGAGAAUCCUAUGGAUAAAGUCAUGCGAUCCAAAGGCUAAGAUACUUGUUUUUUCCAGCUGGAAUGAUGUCCUUGAUGUUUUGGAGCAUGCUUUUUCUGCUAAUGAGAUUAGCUUUGUUCGUAUGAAAGGGGGAAGGAAAAGAUCACAAACUGUGUUGAGCGCUUUUAAAGGACAGAAAAUGGUGGAAAAGGGUAGUGGCAAGAUGAAUGAUCAACACAAGCCAGAGACAAAGUUUAUCCAAGUGCUGCUACUCUUAGUUCAGCAUGGAGCAAAUGGCCUUAACCUCCUGGAAGCUCAACAUGUCAUUCUUGUUGAGCCCCUCCUCAAUCCAGCUGUUGAAGCACAAGCAAUCAGUAGAGUUCACCGCGUUGGGCAGACCAGUAAAACUUGUGUUCAUCGGUUCCUGGUUAAGGAUACCGUUGAAGAAAGCAUUUACAGAUUGAACAAGAGCAGAAACGCCAGUUCUAUUAUUAGCGGAAAUAAGAAAAACCAAGAUCUGCCAAUUUUGACCUUGAAAGACAUCGAGUCCCUGUUUGCAGUAUCACCUCCCGCAACAGAAACAGCAGCAACAACAGCAGACAGUAAUGAUGAACAAAGCGGGAGUUUAGCGCAUUUACCGCCAUCUGUGGCUGCUGCCAUAGCUGCCGAGAGAAGGCUUGGCCAAUCUACCUUGUGAUUGUUGCUUCCCUUUCUUUCAUUUCAUGUUUGUCUCUGUCUUGAUCAGUGUUUGUGUUAGAUGUGUUAGUUCCAAAAAUCUGGGAGUGCCCUUGUUUUUUAGGGUACUUGGGCCUGAUUGCAAAUUGCAAUGAACUGGUGAAAGAAAUUUUUUUUUAAAUUGGUGCACAUAGUGAUAGUACUCUUUUUCAUUCUGCAGUUAUUAGAAUUUCAGGAGUAAGA